CUGAUCGAUCGGUGUCGGCUCAUACAAACCGGAUCGAUCGAUCAGCCGGCUGAUCGUCGACGAACCGAUCGACGUGUAUCUCACGUGAGCGGUCGGUGGUCCGUUGCAAGUACCGGUCUUACUACUAUAGUAUGUACACAUGGGCUAAUAAGUAGCUAGAUUGCCAUGCGCUUACGCAAGUACACUAGUAGUGGUGCUAUAUAGCUGUCAUUAUUGAAGCAUGCAUGCAUCGAGAAUUUGCAUCCAUGCAUGUGUAGUAGUGCAGGGGGGAGCUGACACAUGAGAUCAGCAGGAACAGUGAGGAUCGUCCGACUCCCCGGCGUGGAGCUCGUCAUCGAUCGUCGCUCAGCUAGUAUAUAUGGCAAGCAGGACGACAGGCGGCGCAUGGUCGAUGGAGGCGGUGACGCUGCCGGCGAGCAUGGUGCUGGUGCAGGUCUUCACCAUGGUCGCCGUGCUCCUCUCCAAGCUGGCGCUGAACGUGGGGAUGGAGCCCUUCGUCCUCCUCGCCUACCGCAACCUCAUCGGCGCCAUCAUCGUCGCUCCCUUGGCCUUCUACUUUGACAGGGCGAUGGUGCGAAAGGUGACCCUCAAGGCCUUUGGGUGGAUGUCCAUCAGCGCGCUCCUCGGGAUCGUUCUCGCCAUGGGUCUCUACUACUACGGCCUCCGCGCCACCAACGCCGCCAUCUCCAUCAACUUCCUCAACCUCAUCCCCGUCGUCACCUUCCUCAUGGCCGUGCUGCUCCGCGUCGAGAAGCUGGCGGCGGGGACGCGGGCGGGCCGUGCCAAGCUGGCCGGCACGGCCGUGUGCGUGGGGGGCACCAUGGUGGCCAGCCUCUACAGGGGCCCGCUGCUGCACCCGUGGCCGACGCACCUGCUCCACCACGCCGCCGCCACGGCCCCGCACCACCACCGCAACAUGCCGCUCGGCACCGUCUUCCUGUGCGCCAGCUGCCUGGCCUACGCGCUCUGGUUCAUCGUGCAGGCCCGCGUCGGCAGGGAGUUCCCCUGCAAGUACAUGUCCACGCUGCUGGCCUGCGUCUCCGGCACCGUCCAGGCGCUCGCCAUCGCGGCCGUCAUCCGCGGGGGCGACCGGGACUCGUGGCUCCUCUCCUGGGACCUGCGCCUCCUCACCGUCGUCUACUCGGGGGUCUUCAACACCGCCGCCACCUUCUGCCUCAUCUCCUGGGCCAUCGCCAGGCGAGGGCCCAUCUACCCCUCCAUGUUCAACUCCCUCUCGCUCGUCGCCACCACCGUGCUCGACUCGCUGCUGCUCGGCACCGACGUGUCCGUCGGCAGCCUGCUAGGCGCCCUGCUCAUCGUACUCGGACUCUACGCCUUCCUCUGGGGCAAAAGCACAGAGAUGAGGCACCUCAAACAGCAGCAGCAGCAGCAGCCCAACGCCAACGGGACGACGACCACGACGACCAACGCCGCCGAAGACCACGUCUAGCAACUAAAUGCAUGCAGUAUGCAUGGUAAAUAAAUCAAAUUGAGCAGCUAGCUAGAACUAGCUAGAUCGAAGGAGUAAAUUCGAUCGAUCGAUCGGCCGAUCUCAUCAUGCAUGUACUCCUACGUAGACAGACACACACAAAUUAAGAGACACACAGGGAUCGGAGAGAGAGACGCAAAUGUCAAUCUCGUAAGCCAGAAAAUGAAACACUAGUCACCCCUAUCCUAUCCUAUCAUAUCAGGUUUCAUAGGUCAAGCAUAGACUGUAUUAAUUACUUUAUUGUCUUCUAGAAAGAGGUAUUCUUGUUGGGAAUUGUAUUAAGAUAUCAUGUGUUGUAGACUUGUAGUAUACUAGUACUUGUUAGUAUUUUACGCGUUUGGCCAAAAUAGUUAAUAAUUCUAAAAAAACUUGCUUCA